GAAGCCAAGCCUAACCCUAAGCUUAAGCCUACCACUCUCUCUGUAAGCAGGUGGCGAGUAGAGAGAGAGAGAGAGAGGACGUCGCCGUGUGGUCCCCAUCUCCAGCCUGUCGCAAAAUUAACUCGUCUCUCACUCACCUUUUUCUAAGCCUUUAAUCCAACACAACUCUCUCCCAACCCUCUCUUCUUCUUCUUCUUGUGUCUCCGCAUUCUUCCUCUCUGCAUUUGCUUCCACCACCUCAAAACCCCACUUCGCCAGAAAACAAGUAAAAACGCAGCCCAAAGCUGAACUGAGCACCAUGGAUUCUCAGAUCUAUGGUCGCUCCAUCUUCUUCCUCAUCGUCUUCGCCAUUGCUUCUCUCCCUACUUCCACGCUCGCCGCAUUGCCCAACAACCCACAACCCAAAUCUCACUCUCCAACAACAUCAUCAUCCUUUACGAAAGCGGCGGCAGCCACAACGACAGCACAGAUCAACUCCAAUUCCGUCCUCGUCGCCCUCCUCGACUCGCAUUACACUGAGCUCGCUGAGCUCGUCGAGAAGGCCCUCCUACUCCAGACCCUCGAGGAGGCCGUGGGCAACCACAACAUCACCAUCUUCGCCCCGAAAAAUGAGGCUCUCGAGCGCCAGCUGGACCCCGAAUUCAAGCGCUUCCUGCUCGAACCCGGCAACCUCAAGUCCCUCCAAACCCUCCUCAUGUUCCACAUUAUCCCCAACCGCAUCGGCUCCACCCAGUGGCCUCAUCCCGGGUCAGGUCGCCAUCACCAGACCCUCUGCAGCAGCCACGAGCGCCUCCACCUGGCCACUCAUAAAAACAACAGCCGCAAAUCGGUCAAUUCCGCCCAGAUCAUCCGACCCGACGACGUUACCCGACCCGACGGUGUCAUCCACGGCAUCGAGCGCCUCCUGAUCCCGCGCUCCGUCGAGGACGACUUCAACCGGAGGCGGAAUCUUCGCACCAUAUCCGCCAUUCUACCCGAGGGAGCACCCGAGGUCGACCCGAGAACCCACCGCCUGAAAAAACCAGCAGCUCCGGUUCCAGCCGGGGCUCCGCCAGUUCUACCCGUUUACGACGCUCUAGCUCCCGGCCCGUCUCUAGCUCCAGCUCCUGCUCCUGGUCCUGGCGGGCCCCACCACCACUUCGACGGCGAGAGCCAGGUGAAGGACUUCAUCCACACUCUGCUGCACUACGGGGGGUACAACGAGAUGGCCGAUAUUCUGGUCAAUUUGACUUCGCUAGCGACCGAGAUGGGCCGAUUAGUUUCGGAGGGCUACGUGUUGACGGUGCUUGCUCCGAACGACGAGGCCAUGGCCAAGCUGACGACCGACCAGUUGAGCGAACCGGGGGCGCCGGAGCAGAUUGUGUACUACCACAUCAUACCCGAGUAUCAGACGGAGGAGAGCAUGUAUAACUCAGUAAGAAGAUUCGGGAAGGUCCGGUACGAUACGCUGAGGCUGCCGCAUAAGGUGGUGGCGCAGGAGGCCGAUGGGUCGGUGAAAUUCGGUCAGGGCGAUGUUUCGGCGUACUUGUUUGACCCCGAUAUUUAUACGGACGGGAGGAUUUCGGUGCAGGGGAUUGAUGGGGUUCUGUUUCCGUUUGAGGAGGAGGAGGUCAAGGCCGAGAAGAAAACGGCCCCUGUUGUUAAGGUUGCUGCUAAGCCCAGGAGAGCAGGAAAGUUGAUGGAAGUAGCGUGUAGAAUGCUUGGAGCUUUUGGACAUGAUUCUCACUUCUCUACUUGUCAAUGAAGAAAAUGCUCUCUCUCUCUCUCCCCCACAAAAUGAAACCCAAAAAAAAAAAAAAAAGGAAAAAAAAAGAGGAAAAAAAAUUAUUUUCACUGUAAACAGUUAUUGAUAAUGGUAAAUACAGUUCCCUUCUCUACGUUCAUUGUAAUUUGUUUCAAACGCGUUUGUUUUUGGGUAAACAGAGUUUUGUUUAAAUCAUAUAUAUGCAGUGUUAGGAUCACGAGUCUCUGCAUUUAUAUCAUAAUGAAUGAAUGAAUGUAUAAACAGAGGGAGCCUUUGGUUUGCAGGAUUUCUUUUGAUUCAACGAAAAGAAUCUUCCACCCUCUUGAUUUGUUAUCA